CCGAGCAAGUCCAGACACAUGCGGAGCUCAGAGCCCGGAGCGACUCUCUCUCUCUCGUUCUCCCUCUCCCUCCCUUUCUCUCGCUCUCAGUCCGGUUUAAUACGGAUCUUCUGACCUGCUCUCUCAAUAAACCCGCCGUAUCCCGUCAUCGCCCCGUGUUUCCAGCAGCGCGCUUGAUGUUCGAGGUCUGAUCCGUGAAGUUCUCCAUGCGCGCUUGCUCGCGGAGAUGUGGACGCUGCUGAUCAGGCUGGAUCUGGUCUCAUGAGCCGGUGGUGUCUUCUGCUGUGGAAUUCUGUUUUCGCUUUGAAAACUGCUGCUUGGACAAAUGCAUACAAAUGCAUUUAGGAGCCCAACGGACAAGGAGUGGACAAGUUUCUCCCACAACGACAACGAGAUUCCUCGUCCUCCUCCUGUCAACAUGUGCGGCGCUGCUGUCAGCAGAAGAGCCAUCAGCAGCUCCAGGUGUAGACCUUAUUCAUCAGCUGGGCCUUUCCGGUCAAAGAGACAUACACUCUUCUGGGACACCUUACCUCACCUCCCUUGCCUCAUCUCUGUCCAUUCUGCCCCCUGGUGUUGGGGUUAUCCUCGGACGGGAUGCCCUCAUUGAGGCCCCAUCAGUGGACCUGCUCCCCGCAGGCGUGGAGGAGGAGUUUUCUAUCAUAGUGAGUUUAAGCUCCUGGCGAGCGAACAAUGCCUUUAUUUUUAGUGUGCGUGACGACAGGGACAGACUGCAGUUUGGCUUGCAGCUCCUGCCCGGAAGGGUAGUGGUUUACAUAGGCGAGAAAGCGUCGAUCUACUUCAAGUACGAUGUGCAAGAUGGACAGUGGCAUUCCUUCUCUGUGGGGGUCCGGCCACGCUCCAUAUCUUUCCAAGCACGCUGCGGGGCUGUGCAGUAUGGCGAGGAAACGCUGACCCAUCCACAGACGUUGAGCUCUGAAGGCCGCCUCUCUGUGGGAAGGAUGGACUCCAGGGCGGUGCAGUUUGAAGGAGCAUUAUGCCAGCUGGAUAUUUACCCCUCUGCCCAAGCUGCGGCGCACUACUGCGACUAUGUUAAAAAACAGUGCAGACUGUCCGACACCUUCCGAUCUCUGUCAGGGAGCUCAGAAUCCCAAUUCCCAUCGGUUUCACCUUCCCCAAAGUUUCACCGCAGCUCUUCGGAAUCACACACAUUUACCCCAACUCUUGCGGAUCACUCCACCAACACUAUUCCCACAGCACUUUUUGACCAGUUUUCAACCGCAAGCUCUCCGAUUUUUCGCUCCAGCACACCUAGGUACAUGAACCCAUCUCCAAGAACCUUCAGCAAGGUGCAAUCCCUGGACCUCACUCCAGAGACUUCCACGAGCAACCCCGCAACAGAGAAGACCCUUGACGGUGAAAAUGACACUGAGAAUCAGCCGCUUCUCAAGAAGCCCAGAGCAACUCGGGCCACCCCGGACUUGAGCACCAUCGUCAAGCAGAGCCGUUUGAAAGAGGCCUUGAGGAAUGAAGGUAGAUCCCACCAAUCCAACAAAGAGCUUCUGCAGGCCAAUCCUAAAGUGAACAGCACCAUCCUGUACCGUGAAGAGAGCAGCUAUAACCUGGUGGACCAAUCUGAGGAUCCGGUCCAGGAGGGGCUCGACGCAGGAUACUCUGAGGGUUAUGGAUACGACUAUGGUUUUGAAGAAGACGAAUAUUUCUUCGACUAUGAUGGAUUUGUUGGUCCUAAAGGAGAACCGGGUCCUCCAGGUCCCGUCGGCCCCCCAGGUCUCCCCGGACCCCCUGGAAAGAGAGGACCGCGGGGAGCAAAAGGUGAUCCUGGACUGUCCCCGGGUCAAGCGCCGGCAGGUGAUAAGGGUGAAAGAGGACGGCUGGGUCCACAGGGUCCUAAAGGUGAAGCAGGUUCAAAGGGUCCCAAAGGCUAUCCAGGACCAGCAGGUCUGCCCGGAGAACAGGGUUUGCCGGGAUUGCCGGGCGUAUCUGGGGCGGCAGGUUACCCUGGCAGGCAGGGUUUGGCAGGACCGGAGGGAAACCCUGGACCUAAAGGUGUCAAUGGCUUCAUCGGACCUCCAGGAGUUGCAGGAGCGCCAGGACUGGAGGGAGAGAGAGGAAUUCCGGGUCCUGUGGGAAUCAAGGGUCCCAAAGGAAGACAGGGUGUUGUUGGAGAUGCGGGUGAGCGAGGGCCGCCCGGACCGGACGGAAACGAGGGGCCUGUCGGAGGAACCGGCAGCAGUGGAUUCCCAGGCCUGAGAGGUGAUCCGGGGCCCGAGGGACCCCGCGGCUUUCCUGGCAUUGUGGGACCUCAGGGCCUGACCGGAGGGGCGGGGCCUCCUGGAAUGAAAGGUGAUAAGGCUGAACCUGGAUUGAGGGGUGAACCGGGAGAGACUGGCUUUCAGGGCGACAAGGGGACGGCUGGUAAUCCAGGCCCGACGGGGCCACGCGGAAAACCAGGACCUCUCGGGAAAACAGGUGACCCGGGACCACAGGGGCCUCCGGGGCCACCAGGGCCUGAGGGUUUCCCAGGAGACAUUGGUGCACCAGGGCCCAACGGCCCCCCAGGACCAAAGGGUAUUCAAGGAGCCCGGGGCCCCCAGGGACCACCAGGGCCAAAAGGAACAGAGGGAGACGAAGGCCCCCCGGGUCCACCUGGAAAGCCUGGUCCCACUGGACGAAUAGGACGGAAGGGUUUCAUCGGUGAACCAGGACUUGAAGGACUGAAGGGAGAAAUUGGUGACCCAGGGAAUCCUGGAAAACACGGCCCCCCUGGUCCGGUUGGACUGAUUGGAAUAACCGGAGUGAUCGGACAACCUGGAGAAAAGGGUGAUCGAGGUCCUCCUGGUCCUUUGGGUCCUCCAGGAGAGAAAGGUUCAACAGGGUAUCCGGGUCUUCCAGGAGGUCCUGGGGAUUUCGGCCCGCAAGGUCCACCAGGUCCACAAGGGCCGAGAGGAGCAGCAGGCAUUUCCGGGCCGAAAGGACGAAGGGGCCCCAGGGGACAUGACGGCCCUCUAGGAGAGCCAGGCCCUGAGGGCAUAAAGGGUGAAAAAGGAUCGCCAGGGAAGAUUGGAGCUCCUGGAUUCAUCGGUAAAGCUGGAGCUCCAGGGAAGAGAGGAGCAGCAGGAGCGCCUGGUAAAGCAGGUCCUCCCGGAAGCACAGGUGAAAAAGGUCCUCCAGGUGAACCUGGCUCCAGAGGCCCUCCGGGGGACCCGGGCCCAGAUGGAGAGCAAGGUCACGAGGGACCUGCAGGACCUGAAGGAGAGCAGGGGCCUGUGGGUGAACCUGGAAUCAAGGGUGAAAUGGGGCCUGUCGGAGAGGAGGGUGAACUGGGCCAACCGGGCAUCAGAGGUCUUCCAGGGCCACCUGGAGAGGAUGGGCAUCAAGGGAAGGACGGACCAAAGGGUGAGCCAGGCGACCGUGGACCAAUGGGAGAAGCCGGAGAAAAGGGCGAGAUAGGUGACUCUGGCCCAAUAGGACCUCCUGGAGAUCCUGGGAAAAAGGGCUUCCCAGGACCUGAGGGCAAACAGGGUCUGCCGGGUAACCGAGGUCGUCCAGGAAAAAAGGGUGAAAAAGGGCCGCCAGGUCACUUGGGAGAAAUGGGCUCAUCUGGCGAAAUCGGACAGACGGGGGAGAGAGGACUCAAAGGUGCUCGUGGAACCAGAGGACCCGCAGGUCGACCAGGAGUUAUGGGACCUCAGGGAGAGCCAGGACUUCAAGGUUACACAGGUCACACUGGUAAGCAAGGUCCAGCAGGGCCCCCGGGACCAAAGGGAGAAAAGGGUUACCCAGGAGAAGACAGUAAAACGGCAGGACCGCCUGGGCCCUUAGGUGAACCAGGCGCUCCAGGAGAGAAGGGUGAACGUGGGGAACCAGGAGAGGACGGAUAUCAGGGUCAUGCAGGGGUCACAGGCGCCCGUGGUGCGAUCGGUCAGCAGGGAUCUCCUGGAUCUCCUGGGCUUCCUGGUGAAGCAGGACCCAUAGGCGAGAAGGGAGUUCAGGGACUCGCUGGGAAGAAAGGAUCCCGAGGUCCCGCUGGAGCUCCAGGUCCUGAAGGUCCGGUUGGUUUGCCGGGGCCCAGAGGGACAGAUGGGUAUCCGGGAUCCGAUGGGCUUCCUGGUCUUCCUGGUUUACCGGGUCUGCCUGGAUCCAAAGGCCGAACAGGUCAGCGCGGUGACGUUGGUCUGGAGGGGAGGGCGGGACUUCCUGGCCCGCAGGGCGAGCUCGGACUUCCUGGUGUCAUCGGAGAGGGAGGGCCAGCGGGGUCAAAGGGUGAGAUGGGUUUGGCGGGCGACAGAGGACCGGCGGGUGCUAAAGGCAUGGAGGGGGCGACGGGAGACCAGGGCGUGAAAGGAGAGCAAGGUGCCAAAGGAGAACCAGGUGAGGUGGGAGACACAGGCAUGCUGGGACUCCAGGGCUUUCCGGGACCCAAGGGUCCAGACGGAGAUUUGGGGUUCGCUGGUAUUCCUGGACGCAAAGGGCCGGCGGGAGUUCUGGGUUUCUCUGGUCCUGUGGGUCCGCUGGGAAUGAUCGGUCCGGUGGGGAAGCCUGGUAACAGAGGACCCAAAGGAAGCCGUGGAGAGAUGGGGCCUCAGGGGCCGCAGGGCAGUCCAGGGCCACAGGGGCCUCCAGGUUUACCCGGCCCAUCGAUACGCAUUAAUACGGACGUUCAAGCGCGGAUGGAGUCCAAUGCACAUCUAGAGCUGGAGAGUUACCAGAACACCGACGCGUCUCUGUCGGAGCAGAGCGCUGAGAUCUUCAGGACGCUGCAGUAUCUGAGCAGCGUCAUCGACAGCAUGAAAACACCGCUGGGAACGAGAGAAAACCCGGCCCGCUUCUGCAGAGACCUGCUGGACUGCCGACACACGAUGAGCGACGGAUUGUUCUGGAUCGAUCCAAAUCUGGGCUGCACGUCUGACGCCAUCCAGGUGUUCUGUAACUUCACGGCAGGAGGACAGACCUGCUUAAACCCUGUUAUAACGGAUAAGGCCACGUUUGAUGUCGGGAAAGUCCAGAUGAAGUUCUUACACUUGCUGAGCGUCACGGCGACCCAAACCGUGUCCCUCCACUGCUUCAGCAACCCGGCGAUGGUUGCCAUGGAGACGCCUCGGGCCCUGCAUUUCCGGGGUUGGAAGGGCCAGGUGUUCGAGGAAAACUCGCCUCGGAGUCCACAUGUGGCUCUGGACGACUGUGAGAUCCGUGAUGGCAGCUGGCACCAGUCGCGAUUCCUGUUUCAAACCCAGGACACUCAGCAGCUUCCCAUCGUGGACAUUCAAGGUCUCCAUCCCUCACGUCCAGGAGACCAGCGGCACGUGGAAGUGGGUCCUGUUUGCUUCCUGUGAAAUCACUGAAGGACUUGAAACGGUCCUGAUCCUCAAAUCAGAGCAGCGGCGAUCUGAGCGAUGGCAGCGAUCCUGGGACGUCCCGAAGAACAAGCGCGUCUCCAACCCGAGUGUUUUGAGAGACUGCUGUUGUGUUUUAUCUGUUGUGGUUCAGUAUGUCAGAAAGUCUCGGGCGAAGUCCUUGCGGAUCGAAUCAUUGCUAGAUAAACUGUCAGACGAGGUUGAUCUUGUUAGCAAACUAUGAAAAGGCCGACCUGGACUCUUUAGACGGUGCUCUACCUCCUUCACGUACAGGUGCUCGCGUUCAGGUGCAUCCGGCCCGAAACAAACUCUACGCAAGUACACAAAUGCAAACUCCGUUUGGUGCAUCAUUGUGUUUUGCAAUUUGUCUUCUACAGUCAGUUUUUCUUUUACAUCACGGUGGAGGCGCAGUUUAAAGGCAGUCUUGCUAAGCAAGUUAGAUAAAGUUAGAGUAGUUAAUCCAUAGACGAUUUUUAUAAGAACACUAUGUUUCCCUUCACGUGUUUUUAAAGGAAUUUUGGAGUAUUGCAUAAAAACGCCAACCAAUAAGUGCAUAAAAUCUUAAAAAAUUGGGGCAUGAUAUAAAAAACAUUUGAUGGAAGUGUCGAGAUGUGCAUAUAAUCUUUAACAUUUUGAUGGAAAUGCCAGUUAAGUGCAUGGAAUCUUAAAUAAAUUGGGGUUUCACAUAAAAAAAAAUGCUGAAUAAAAAUGCCAAGAAGCACAUAAAAUUGUAAAAAUUGUGGUAUCAUAUGAAACACACUGAAUAGAAACACCAAGAAGUGCAUAACAUUUUUUAAAUUGGGGUAUCACAUAAAAAACACAUUAAAUAAAAAAGGGGGGGGUUUACAUUAAAAAAUCCAGAUGAAAACACCAAGAAGCGCAUAAAAAUCUGAAAAUUUUGGGGAAUGACAAAAAAUCUUCAUGGAAACGCCAAGAAGUCCAUGAAUUCGUAAACAUAUUGGGGUUUUGCAUAAAAGCACUGGAUGGAAAUGGCAAAAAAUGCAUAAAAUCGUGAAAAAUUGGGGUUUUGCAUAAAAAAUGCUGAAUGGACAUGGCAAAAAUGCGUAAAAUCUUAAAAGAAAUUGGGGUUUCACAUUAAAAAAAUGCUGAAUAGAAAUGCCAAGAAGCGCAUAAAAUUGUAAAAAUUGUGCUAUCGUAUGAAACACGCUGAAUAGAAACACCAAGAAGUGCAUAACAUUUUUAAAAUUGGGGUAUCACAUAAAAAUAAAAAUAAAACACUGGAUGGAAAAGCCAGAAAUCGCAUUAAAUUCUAAAAAAAAAAAAAAGGGAGGGGGGGUGAUACAUUAAAAAAUCCAGAUGAAAACACCAAGAACUGCAUGAAUUUGUAAAAAUAUUGGGGUUUUGCAUAAAAGCACUGGAUGGAAAUGGCAAAAA